CACCGAAGGUGUUCCCAUUCAAGGGCUUACCGGUGGCGGAGGUGACUCCCGCCGAGUUGAAUACAUCCUCACGCGUCAAUCGAAGGGCGGUGAGAAAUUCGAAUUCUAUCUUGAGAUGGCUUGCAAUGAUUUGUUUGGCAAUGGAUCCAAUGGGGUAAUCAAUCCCCCGGAUCCGAACAGAUAUUACACCCUUAAGAAAGUUGAAUUGGCUGUUCCAAACCAUAGAGCUUUUAAAUUAUUUCACGACUUUGAAAUCAUUCUCGAGAUGGCUAAAACCAUUCCACAUGAUACGAUGAGAUCGACCCAAGCUCUUCACACCGCGAAUGGUAUCGUUAACGUUUAUCGUUCCGAUGAUGAAAAUUCCAUUGAUGAGGCACUCGAGAUUUCUCGUGAGUUUUUAAGUCACAAAAAUGGCAGCAGCACGCAGCUUAGGAUGACGGCCAUUGGAAACUGUCACAUCGAUACGGCUUGGUUAUGGCCAUUUGAUGAGACUAAGAGAAAGGUGGCAAGAAGCUGGUCGACACAGGUUGGACUAAUGGAGAUCUACCCGGAAUACAAGUUCGCUUGCUCUCAAGCACAACAGUUUGAAUGGUUAGAAACUUAUUAUCCUGAGCUAUUCAAAAAAAUCCAAAAGAAAUCUGCAGAUGGUCAAUUCUUACCUAUAGGUGGGACUUGGGUCGAGAUGGAUUGCAGAUUUGCUUACGGAAAAGUCACGUUUGAUAGGCAACGUUACUUCGAAAAGAAUUUUGGUCAUAGAUGCAAAGUAUUCUGGCUCCCAGAUACUUUUGGGUAUUCUGCCCAAUUGCCACAGAUUAUCAGGGGUGCCGGCUUGAAGUACUUUUUCACACAAAAACUCUCGUGGAAUAACAUUAACUCGUUCCCGAACACCACCUUUUAUUGGAUCGGGCUCGACGGCAGCAAGGUCUUGACGCAUAUGUGUCCCGCCGAAACAUACGUGGCCCAAUGUAGACCCGGAGAGCUCGUCCGCAGCGUCCAAAAUCACAAAGACAAGGAAUUCAGUGACGAAGCUCUGCUUCUAUUUGGUAAUGGAGAUGGCGGCGGCGGACCACUUGCAUCAAUGCUCGAACGGCUUCAUCGAUUGAAAGACAUUGACGGUCUUCCAAAAGUUGAAAUUGGUUCGGUCGAUGAUUUUUAUGAGAGGGUUGAGAGAAAUUCCUCCGAGCUAGUCUCCUGGAAGGGUGAACUUUAUUUCGAGCUUCACAGAGGCACAUACACAUCGCAUGGAAAGAUCAAACGGUAUAAUCGAAAGUCCGAGUUGCUGCUGCGAGAUGUAGAAUUGUUGUCAACCUUUGCUUUUCAAAGUGACCAAAAAAAUUGCGAGUCAUUAUCCAAAGGAUACGCUGGAUGGUUUAUGGAAAUAUGUUUUAUUGUCAGCACUGAUUUUUUUGCCCGUCGUGAUUUGCGCAAGGCCUUCUUUGGUAUUGAACUUCGAGAAAGGGCUCUUGAAAAAUUAUUCAAAUCAUCCGCAUCUUCUCCGGACACCGAGGAAGGGUUACUUGUUUUCAAUACGCUCGGGUGGGAUAGGACGGAGGUUGUUGAAGUUCCGGCUUCUUCCGGAUUGGGUUCCUUUACUCAAUACGCCGUGGAUAAAAAGUCCGGUUAUGUCCUUGCUAAGGAUACUGUUAGCUUGGGCAUUCAAAGCAUAGACGUUGGAACAAGCGAUAUCGGUGAUAUCUCUCCUGCAACUGUUACCUCGGUGAGGGAUGAUUUUCAUUUCUUGGAGAACAAAUUCGUCAAAGCUACUUUUGACAAGCACGGUCGUUUGACAAGUCUCAUCGAUAAAAUAAAAGAUCGAGAAAUUGUUCCCCCUGGUCAAUUUGGAAAUGCAUUCAAAAUUUACGAAGACAUUCCACUUUUCUGGGAUGCUUGGGAUGUGGAAAUCUAUCAUCUCCAGAAAGGACGUGAUGCUGGCCUCGGUGGAACAGUAAAGAUUUAUGAUAAUGGGCCACUUCGUGCUUCGUUGCUCCUGGAGACAAAGCUGAGCAAGACAAGUUCAUUGCGCCAAAUCAUUUCUUUGUCAAUUUUCUCUCAACGACUAGACUUUGAGACGGUGGUUAAUUGGGAUGAAAACCGACAAUUUUUGAAAGUGGAAUUUCCAUUUGACAUUAAUUGUGAUUAU